CGGUGCUGCCCGCAGGACUGCGGCUCGCAACCGGCCACGCCGCAGCGUUACGGGGCUCGGCCGCCAGCGGGAGCUGUUUGGAGCAGAGAUGGACAAGAUACUGGAAGCUGUGGUGAUGUCCUCCUACCCCAACAACGUGAAGGCAGGGCUGGUGCGGCGCGUCAUUGAGGCGGCGAAGCAGCCCAUGGACAGUGAGCAGUGCUGGUCCAUGCUGGAGCUGUCCACCAAGCUUUACCUCACAGGGGACACCAAGUAUAAAAGAGAGAUUGGCAAAGAGGUCUUGGAGGUUUAUGGCCACUACCACCCCGAGGAAUUUGAGGAGUUCUUCAACGUCCGCUUCCUGCUGAGUCUCCUGCAGGAGGGUUACGGACCCCUGGGCAAGAGAAGCCAGCACGUCCUGGACUAUAUCCAGCUGGGAUUGCAGUUCAUCUUGGAAAGCCCUUCAGCAAACAGCAUCUUCAGCCUGCUGAGGAUCGAGGUGCUCCGAAAGGUCUGCGAGAGGCCCAGCCCCAAGCAGUGUGCCAAGAUCAGCAGGCUCCUGGUCCAGCACCCGCAGUGCAUCCCCAGCGGCAAGCAGCAGCUCCUCUUCUGCCAGCAGCUGGUGCGCUGCAUCGGGCACUUCCAGUGCGCCUCAGAGGGGGAAGAGGACAUCAUGGAGUUUCUGGAGCAGGUCAACAAAGUCAGCGGCCUGCUGCAGCGCAUCUGGAGGAGCCAGACCUCAGCCAUCCUGCCUUCUUUGAAGGAGCUCUUCGCUAUCAUUUCUUCCACAGAGGAGCAGGAAGCACCUUCCAACGCUUUGGCCAGCGUGGUCCAGUUCGUCCCUCUGGAGCUCAUGGAUAGUGUCAUAAGAAACCUAACCAAUGAUGACAGCAUCACUGAUGUGCAAAUGAUGACAGCCAUUGGCAGGAUGAUGGACUGGGUGUCCUGGCCCCUGGGAAAGAACAUUGACAAGUGGAUCAUUGCUCUGCUGAAGGGUUUGGCUGCAGUGAAGAAGUUCAGCAUCUUGAUUGAGGUCACACUCUCCAAAAUUGAAAAGGUCUUCUCCAAGUUGCUGUACCCCAUCGUGAGAGAGGGAGCUUUGUCUGUCCUGCAGUACAUGCUGCUGAGCUUCCAGCACUCUCAUGAGGCAUUUCACUUGUUGCUUCCUCACAUCCCCAGGCUGGUGACCUCUCUGAAGAAGGAGGACUCCAAUUCUGCCACCAGCUCACUGGAGCAGCUGGCUGAGCUCAUCCACUGCAUGUUCUUCCGCUUCUCAGGGUUUCCAGACCUCUAUGAACCAGUCCUGGAAGCAGUCAAAGCUCUCCCAGUUCCAAAUGAGGACCGGAUUAAACACCUCCUGGGACAAAAUGCUUGGACCUCCCAGAAGAACGAGCUGGCCUGCUUCUACCCGCGCCUGGCUUCCAAAUCAGAGACGGGCAAGAUAGGGCUCAUCAACCUGGGCAACACCUGCUACAUGAACAGCAUCAUCCAGUCUCUUUUCAUGGCCUCAGACUUUCGGCAUGCGGUGCUGAAGCUCAGCGAGGGCAGCUCCCAGCCCCUGAUGACGAAGCUGCAGUGGCUCUUUGCAUUCUUGGAGCACAGUCAGCGACCUGCCAUCUCACCAGAGACCUUCCUCUCUGCCUCCUGGCCACCCUGGUUCACCCCUGGUGCUCAGCAGGACUGCUCAGAGUAUCUCAAGUACUUGCUGGACCGAUUACAUGAAGAAGAAAAAACUGGGAAAAGGAUCUACCAGAAACUCAAGGAAUCCAGCUUGAUGCCUCAGGCAGUGGAACAGCAUUACUUCAAGAGGACCUUGAUUGAGAAGAUGUUUGGGGGCAAAAUGAUGACCAAGAUCCGCUGCCUCAAGUGCAUGAAUGUCUCAUCCCGGGAGGAAGCCUUCACAGACCUGUCCCUGGCGUUUCCCCCACCAGACAGGCAAGUGCCUCCCAGCAAGUCUGGUUUGCCCGUGGAGGAAAUCUGCCCUCAGUUAAUUGAGCCUCCUGAGAACCCGAGCCAGCAGCUAUCCGGCUCUCCCUGGGUCCGGAGGAAGGCCCCCACGGCUGAAGACCCUGCAGCCCCACCAGUGCUGGGGGGAACGCUGGGUUUGCAGGAGCCAGGAGGAGCAAUGAGUUCCCUCAGCGGCGAUGCUGGCGGCGUGGCUGCAGCCAGAGACCCUCUCUCGUCUUCAGGGGGGCAGGCUCCCAGGGACUCCAGAUCUGUCCCGGACCUCAUCAACUAUUUCCUAUCCCCAGAGAGACUGACAGCAGAGAACAAAUACCACUGUGAGAACUGUGCAUCCCUGCAGGAGGCCGAGAAGGUGGCGGAGCUAACGGAGGGACCACACUACCUCAUCCUCACGCUGCUGCGGUUCUCCUUUGACCCACGCACUAUGAAGAGGAAGAAGAUCCUGGACAACGUCUCUAUCCCUGUGGUGCUCAAGCUGCCCAUCCUUGCCACCCCAGAGGAAACUGAGGAGGUUUGGCAGCGUGGCAAGGACGGGGCUGCUGUGCCAGGCAGCGGCUUCGUGUCCGUGGUGUACGACCUGUGCAGCGUGGUGGUGCACUCGGGCAUCUCCUCCGAGAGCGGCCACUACUACUGCUACUCCAGGGAGUGCACAGACACCAUCCCCCACGGGCAGCCCCGGCACAGAGUGCCAGCUCCAGCCGCUGACAGGCAGCUGGACUUGGAAAUCCAGUGGUACCUCUUCAACGACACCAGAGUUUCCUUCUCCUCCUUUGAAUCGGUCAGCAACGUCACCUCCUUCUUCCCCAAGGACACUGCCUAUGUCCUCCUCUACCGGCAGCGGGCGGGCAGGCAGAGCUGCCUGCUGCACGAGGCUCUGGCCGAGGCUGGCCACCUGCACGGGGACCCUUCCCUCCACAAAGACUUGAUGGAAGCCAUUGCCAGGGAUAACAUCCUCUACUUGCAGGAGCAGGAGAAAGAAGCAAGGAACAGAGCUGCCUACAUUUCUGCCUUGCCAAAAUCCCCUCUGUGGUGGAGAGACUUUGACAGGGACAAGGAUGAUGACAGCUCCUCAGGGGGCUGCAGCCCAGCAGCAGGAGGGGGCGGAUCUGGCUCCUUCCAUGGACUCGUCUUCUAGCCAACAAGUUAAACCAGACAGUCAAUGUCCACAGGGAUAACCCAAAGCCAGAAGCUCCUCUUCCUCACCCUGAUGACAGCAAGCAUCCUGGAGGAAGAUUUGGGGAACAUUUCAGUGGGGAAAAGCCUCAGGGGCUAUUUGGAGGCGCCUGGAGGCUCUCACCGCUUCCUGUGCACUUGGUCUUCACGCCUUAAUGUCACUAAGCUAAGCAGCUACUGACCUUGGAGAAGUGUCCUUUUGCUUCAGCAUAGCUGUGUCUUGCCUGCUGUGAGCCAUGCUACCAGUGUUGAAGGGGGCAGGGACAAGGGCAGGGAUGCAGAUGUCCCAUGCACAUCCUAUCUGCAGCACUCCUUGUGCUGCUGAGCUGGUUUUGGGAGGGACCUCUGGUUGCUUGUUGCCUUUUUUUGGGUUUCUUUGGGGAUUUUGGUUUGGGUUUUUUUUAAUGUGGUUUUGAGAACCCCCCUUGACACAUCUCUGAAGGCAGAGAAAGGCUGAAGGAUGCAGAGCAGCCAAGGUGGCAAUGCUGAUCUGCUGGAGGGGGCAGCUGGCAAGGCUGCUUGGUCACGGUGAGCAGCGACAGGCCAGCUGGAGGAGUUCUCUGCAGCACUGCAAAGCACCCAGAAGAGACUGAGGGCAGCAAACCUCUCUGACCUGGUCCAGUUGGGGUUUUCUGUGCUCCAGCAAAGCUCAUUUGUGUUACUGGAGACCUCGGGAUGCUGUUAGUGUACCCAGCAGAUCCCCCCCACCAGAGCUGUCUUUCCAGAUGUGUCUGUAGGACUUAGCCUCUUUCUGCUGCUGUCACCUCAUGGCUUUCUGGGCUGGAUCUGCCCUCUGGAACUUGGGCUUUCCUUUGGGGGUACCUUGAACCAAGCAGUAAAUGAGCAACCUCCCCAAAUGCUAACUUUCUAAAGUGCUGAUUUGCAAGCAGGCUAAGCCAACCAGAUGUAUUCUAUCACCCCACUAUAAAUACUGAGUAACCCAGUGUGUAAAACCAAUCCAAUAAUGGGACAGGGACUGAUUUUUGGUGGCAGGAGGCCACCCAAGCCAUGGACAGUGUGUUUACAAGGCUCUGGUUCCCUUUCAUAUCCCUCCCCAGCUCUUUGUUCCUGCCUGCUCCUCCCUCAUGCCUGUAGUAGAGAUUUCUCCAGCUCUGGUGGCAGAGACUUGUGCCUUAGGUGCUGGGUGCAGGGCCUAAUCCUGACUGUGGAGUACUGGGGGUGGGAAUGUUGCAUUGCUGUGGAGGAAAAGGCAAAGCACAGACAUUGGUAUGGGUAAUGUGAGCAGAAAGUCUAUGAGAGAGGACACUUGGGAUCCAGUCUCUGGGGUGUGCUAUCAUAGUCUUUUAUUGCCUUUCCUGUAUAUAAAUAAAGGACAUUAGCUCAGCA